UGUGGCUGCGAGCUGCACUGCUCUUCUCUGACACACACACACACACACACACACAGAGGGGAAGAGAGCGGACAGCACAGUACAACACCAUGGCAGCCAACACGUACGACGUGAUAGUAAUUGGGGGCGGCAUUUCAGGCUUAAGUGCAGCUAAGCUGUUGAUGAAGAAUGGUUUAAACCCAGUGGUGUUAGAAGCCAGGGACCGUGUUGGUGGAAGAACUUACACUGUUCAGAAUAAACAUGCCAAAUGGGUGGAUUUGGGCGGAGCGUACAUUGGGCCCACUCAAAACCGGAUACUGCGUCUGGCCAAGGAGUAUGGGGUUCAGACUUACAAAGUCAACGAAGAAGAGUCCCUAGUUCACUAUGUCAAUGGGAAGUCAUAUCCAUUCAAGGGACCCUUUCCCCCAAUGUGGAACCCCUUCGCUCUGAUGGAUUAUAACAACCUCUGGAGGACAAUGGACAACAUGGGAAUGGAGAUCCCAAGAGAAGCUCCAUGGAGGGCCCCACAUGCUCUAGAGUGGGACAACAUGACCAUGAAAGAGUUCUUGGACAAGGUUUGCUGGACAAGCACUGCCCGCCGCUUUGCCACGCUGUUCGUGAAUGUGAACGUGACCUCAGAACCUCAUGAGGUUUCCGCUCUCUGGUUCCUCUGGUAUGUAAAACAGUGCGGAGGCACCAUGAGAAUCUUCUCCACCAGUAACGGAGGCCAGGAACGUAAGUUUGUCGGAGGGGCAAAUCAGAUCAGUGAGUGCAUGGCCAGAGAGCUGGGGGAAAAAGUCAAGCUUCAAAGUGCUGUCCAUAGCAUCGACCAAAGUGGAGACAUGGUGGAAGUCAAGACUGUCAAUGAGGAGACCUAUAAGGCGAAAUAUGUUAUUGUUGCCAUACCACCAGGGAUGAAUCUGAAGAUCCACUAUUCCCCUGAACUUCCACCACUGAGGAAUCAACUUAUCCACAGAGUACCAAUGGGCUCGGUUAUCAAGUGCAUGGUCUACUAUCGGGAGAACUUCUGGAGGAAGAAGGGCUACUGUGGAACCAUGGUGAUCGAAGAUGAGGACUCUCCUAUUGGCCUGACUCUGGAUGACACUAAGCCUGACGGAACAGUGCCAGCCAUUAUGGGUUUUAUUCUUGCACGCAAAAGCAGGCGGUUGGCUGGACUCACCAGGGAAGAAAGAAAGAAGAGGAUCUGUGAGAUCUAUGCACGUGUCUUAGGCACUGAGGAAGCUUUGCAUCCUGUACACUAUGAGGAAAAGAACUGGUGUGAGGAUGAAUACUCUGGUGGCUGCUACACGACCAGCAUGCCCCCCGGAGUCCUCACUCAGUAUGGCAAAGUCCUGAGGGAGCCUGUGGGCAGACUUUACUUUGCAGGCACUGAGACAUCUACAGAGUGGAGUGGCUAUAUGGAAGGAGCUGUGCAGGCUGGAGAGAGAGCAUCCAGGGAGGUUUUAGUUGCAAUGGGGAAACUGCAUUCAACUCAGAUCUGGCAAACUGAGCCUGCUUCUCCGGAUGUCCCUGCUUUACCGUUUGUCACCACUUUCUGGGAGAGAAACUUGCCAUCCGUUGGAGGAUUCCUCAAGUUCAUGGGCGUGUCCUCAGCCCUGGCGAUCUCCGCCGCUGUAGGUGUAGUGGCCUAUAAAAAGGAACUCAUUCCCCGAUGCUAGAGCUCCCACUUUUGUUCGUCACUGACCUUGGUUGAAACUGCUUUCCCCAUACAGUCAUCAAUCCAAGUCUAUGCUACUGACAAGGCGUGAGCUCAUGUCAGUUAUUGGUUUGAUUUUAAGCUCACUUUUUAACACCCCAAUCACAUUUUAUGUCUAAAUACACAGUGUAAUGAAUUAAGCUGAGCUUUUCCACAGGACACACCAUAGUCAGAUGUGAAAAUCAGCCUGGACACUAAUUUUAAAAAUUUUUUCAAGUCCACAAACAAUAGUAAUUACAGUUCUGCAUGUAGUCACUACACAUAUCCUCACAGUACAGUACAGUGUUUGUGUAAUGAAUCAGUCAGUUUGAUUACCUCGAAUGAUUUUAGGUGCUUUUCUAAGGAAAUCUUUACCUUGAGCUAGCCUUUCAAAAUACAUGUGAUUAAGCUGAAGCAUUAGCUGAAGAUUUCUGUUUUGUUUUGUGAAGGUCUAUCACAAGAGACAUGACAUUUUAAGAACAUGUCCUCACUCACACAUGACACACAAAGUGCACACAGUUUCUGAAUGGUACAUAGUUGCUGAAGCUACCUGGACAGUUGGGGCUUGUUCAUGCUAAAAUGCAGGACUGUGGUGUUGGUGUCAAUUAUGAUUAAUGUUAAAUGAAGGUUUUUGAAUGUAUUUUUUUUCCGAUUACAUAUUAUAUUUGAUUUUGAACAUAAUUUAGACAGAUAUAUAUAUAUAUAUAUAUACUUGAUAUUUACACUGUUUUUACACUUAAGAUUAUAUUGUGAUUUCCAUACACUAUUGUCUUCUUGCAUUAAAGUUCUCCAUCCACUGCUGUAUCAUUUAUACAUCAUGUCUAUCUACAGUAAGGGCCUGGCAUUAGGUACAAUUAUUCUAAUGGAGCGCAAUAUCAUUUCUGGGCUUCACACUGUAUUCACCGCUGCACAUAUUAGCAUGUUAGAUUACAGUAUAAAUCUCGAUUUUUUUUUUUAUAGAGAUUAAACAGUUUGAUCCUAAUACUCUAGACAUUUUUAAUAUUUAAACGCUGAAGCAGUAGAUUGUUAAACCGAAAGUAUUUCUUAAUGUGAUUGAAUGAAAAAUGAUCAGAACACAAACAUAAGAAAGACACAAGAAUUAGGAAAAAGGUUUUAAAAAAUGAAUAGAUGUGCAUAACCCAGUGUUUGUGGAAUGUGUCAUUGUUCCAAAGGUAUGUUGUGGUGUCUGUGGUGCCUUAACAGUUUAGUAGUGUUUGUCAUUUCUUAAGUGCCUCUGUGAUCGUGUGUGUGUGUGUGUGUGUGUGUUUGUGUAUGGCAAACAGCUUUUGGAUCGGUCACUGGCUACUGUAGUGAUUAGACUGCAUACAUUAAUUACUUUGGUCUUUUACACGUCUCUUUAUGCAGCACAACAAUGAUGUUGUAUCACCUUCUUUUAGACUGUUUAGAUUUCAAGCAACAAAUGAGUAAUUCCAGAUCAUCCUGACAUGUUGGUGUAAUCAUGAUCAUGCUGAUGGUUAGUGACUUUGUUGAUCUUUUAUGUUUUUGAACCAGUACCAUGUCACUCACCUUAGCCACUGAUCAACCAGAGAAUCUGAUGCGACCCAGAUGGUAAAUGUGGUGAUAAAAGUGCUGAGUCUGCACUUCUAUGAGAAAGUUAACUAGUGGAAGUUAACAGUUCAGCAGUACAGUAUCUCUUUAAAUUUGGUCGACUCUAAACUGUAAUGGUGCACUGACUGUCAGUGAUGUCCUGCUGCCACAUUGUGUCGAUGUAACCUCUUUUUCCAGUACGUCAUGUUUCUGUGCUCCAACAGCACUUUGCUAAACCAUGGUGCAGUCUGUGUGAGACCCCUUUCCCUUGUCAGGUUAUGUAAGUGCACAGUGUCCAAUGUUCUAGUCUUGUAAUUGCAUUACUAGACCUCUUUGUACAAAUCCAACAACACAGCUGGUAAUAAAAAUGUGAAAUUUACCUCC